UUCUAUAGUUAAUUCCAAGCCCGAUGCGAUCGCGAACGCGACGUUUUGUCUCCGUCUUUUUGUUUUGACAAUUUGUUUAAAUGGAAGUAUUGAGGACUAACCUCGUUUCCCAUUGUCUCUAUUCUCUUUAACAUGGUGUGACUAUGCUUUGUUGACGUACAAAAACAAUGUUAGCUCUACUUUCCUAAGUUAAACAAAAGUGAAUAAGUUUUCUAAAAUUCCUAAGUCAUUCAGCUACAGACCAGCAACCGUUAGUGUUACUGUAAUUUUUAUUAUCUAAAAAGAUAAGUCCAGCCGCUCGCCGACGCACUGUGAUGAAAAAUGUAUAAGCAGGACCUUAUUUUACUGAUAUGCGCGUGCGGUGCGCUAGCCGCUCUCGACGGCUACAGCCCGCAGCAGGACCCCGACCAGUUCCACAUACAGACCGAUGAGGACGACGAGCGCUACUUCCUUUACCAGACCCACAACGGGCAGUACAGGAAGGAGCGCAGACUGAAAGAUGGAUCAGUUGUCGGUACGACUGGAUGGGUCGGUGCAGAUGGCUACCUACGUUUGCAAGACUACAUAGCUGACAAUGAAGGCUACAGAAUAUACAAAUCUAAGACUGUUUUUGUGGGACAGAACCGACCAAUUGGGGAGUCGCUGCAAAUAGCGAAAACAGCGCCAACAGACUCUGGGUUCGGCGUAACACCCGCACCAGCCCACCGACAGGUGCCAGUGAAUAGAGGCACGCCUCGCUUCAGCACCACCACCCGAGCUCCAGUGCCAUCUUCAACCUUCGCCCCGCCCUUCCCUUCGGAGGUAACCAUCACAGCUCGCCUCCCGACCUCAACACCUCGCGUCCACGUAUCGCCAAACUCCAUCGAUACCUCAACCCCGCAUUACGACUUCAGACCCACCGUCCCACCGAUAACCGCAAGCUCGCCUUCAAACACGUACGACACUAACAGCAUUGAUGACGGUUACUACGCCAGCGACAGCACACCAUACAGAAGAGUUGAUAUCUACAACCCAAAUUCUUAUAGACACGCGGAUGCCUGGCUCGCAAAGCAGAGAGCCGGAGCUCAGAUCGGCGAUGGCUACACUCCUCAAUUCCCUGGUUACGACGGCGUAGCCUUUAGGAGAAACGGGUUCCGGUAUUAUCUACCGAAACAGUACCAUGAGGAGGAAACGGAUAGUUCCGACGAACGAACGGGCAGUUUCGGUUACGUAGACCCGUUCGGUAUCCGCAGAGUCAUAUACUACAACACCUCGCCAGGACAAGGGUUCCAAGUACGCAAGAACAAUAGAUACGUCGGCCAUGAUGCGACGCCUUACGAUCCACGGCCAAUAAAUUAGUGUGCUUAAAAAACUUUGUAAGUGAAUUAUAGUUACCUAAUUAAAUUAUUAACUUUGAAUCAGUAUUGUUUACAUGUGACUAAUGAAUGGAGACAAAACGAAUUUCGAACGACGCGAACACUUAGCCAUUAAUAUUACUUGUAAUGUGUAAUUAAGUAAUUAAAAAUGUAAAAAAGUGAUGCUCAUAAAUUAAGUUAUUUAACGCAUAACUUUUGUUUAUAAAAUGAGUGUAAUGUAUAUAAUAUGAAUUAUAUUUUAUGAACACGAUUAUUAUAAAAGCAGGAAUAAUAUUUCAGUUGUGAAACUGCACGCUUAAUAUACUUAUGUAAUAUAUGAUCAAAAUAUAAUAUAAUAUCAUGUAAGUGCCAUCACAAACAUUGUACCUACUUAUUUAUUUAUUGAAAAUCACAUCGUAUAUACCUACUUACCUAGUAAUAAGACAAAAGAUAACAAUGCAGCCAUUCCAAAAGUAUUCUUUCUAUUUACAAUAUUAUGUAAAAUGAGAAAAAAUAAAACAAUCAAAUAUGGACAUUGGGACUACGUAUAAUAUACCUACCCACGCCUCAAAGUGAAGGUCAAUGAACUCAUUUGUGGUGAUUUCGUCUGUAAAAGGACGAGUGUAGGUAGUUAAUGUAGGUAUUCAGACUAAAAAAGUAAUCCAGAUACAAAAAAACCUGCGUACUUAAUUUGACCAUUGUUUAUAUGUUCACUCAAUUGCAGCUUGCCGAUAAACAAGAUUUUGAGACCAGUCAUUUCAAAACUUUUUGUGUCGAAAAAUGAUACUCUCUGACACAAAAUGUUUUAAAAAGCAGGUACAGUCAACCGGGGUGAAUAGGGAUGGCUGG